GGGGCGGGGCUCCGGGCCAGCCGGGCUCCACCCAAGCCCAGGCUGCGCGGAGCCCAGCCGGAGGCAGCCACCAGCGGGCAGGGGGGCCCCGGAGGCAGCGCACCAGCGGAGCCGCCAUGGGGCUGGAGAAGGAAACGGGAGACACGAAGAUCUUCAUGGCCGAGGACAGCUUCGGGCGCCCCGGCGGCCCCGCGCUAGCCGGCCCGGAGAAGCGGGCGGAGAACAGCCCCGACAGAGACCCGCAUGGGCUGAACACCCACCUGAAGCUAGGGUUUGAGGAUGUCCUAGCAGAGCCUGCAUCAUUUCACUCCUUUGACAAAGUUUGGAUCUGCAGCCACGCUCUCUUUGAGCUCAGCAAAUACGCGCUGUACAAGCUCCUGACUCUAUUCCUUGCUAUCCCACUGGCUCUGGUUGCAGGAAUUGUCUUUGCAGUACUCAGCUGUCUGCACAUCUGGAUUGUGAUGCCUUUUGUAAAGACCUGCCUCAUGGUCUUGCCUUCAGUGCAGACUGUAUGGAAGAGUGUGACGGGUGUUCUUAUUGCACCGUUAUUUCAUAGCCUAGGCCGAUGCUUUGCUACAGUCAAUAUACGCCUGGACCAAGAGUAAACAUCAGGGAUACAAUUCUGCUGUAGUCUUAGAUGGUGGUAUGCUUCUUUGCUAAUGUAACAUAGCUACACUUAUCAUUCAUUCCAAAACUGUUGGGAUUAAACUAGCUGGUUUAAAAUGGGGAUACAUUAUUUAAAAAAAAAAUCAUUUACUUUCAGGGGAUCAAUUUAAGACUAUUUUCAUAUCUAACUAUUUUAAACAGAAAAAAUGUGGGUAUUUUGGCAACACUUUAUUUUAAUGGUACAUUGAUUGCCAGGUUGCAGAAAAAUUCAUGUGGAGGUAUAUGUGACCACCACAAUAGGAUCAUAGAAAAUUGCUGUGGCAGGUGGUGUUACUCGGAAUACUAAUGAAAUUAGUAAUGAUGUGAUAUACUGGGCCAAACUCACUUCUAGGGUUUCAGAGAUGGGUCUGGCUCACUAUUCAGCAUAAUACAUGGAAGGUUGUAUGCUCAGUUCUCAUUGUCAGCAGGAGUUGUGCCUGCAACUCCCUGCAUGAUACAGUACUGUUGUGCAUGGGUAAUAUUCAUUCAGCUCCCAUUACUGCUUUGUAAAUCUGCCAUAUAUCAAUGGAGAAGAGUUCCCCAAAGUUUACCCCUUAAAAUAAAGUGUUAGCUAAUGGUUUGAGACAAUCAGCUAAUCUAUAUAUUUUAUUUAAUGAGAUUUUAAUUUUGCUGUAUAUUUUGUAUUUAUGUAAAUGUUACUUUAUCAGUUUUCCUUGAAGCAUUAUUUCUAAAGGAUUUGUAUACUUGCGGAAUUAUUAUGCUGAAGAAGUUUGACACUGCAGAAGAUUAAAUGAGAUUGGUGAGAUUUUACUGACUAGAUUACGCAGAUCUUUGGAAAUGCUGUUGUGCAAUUCAAAUAUACCAAGUAUAUAUUUUUUUCGUAAUUGAAUGUAAAAGCAGUGCACACAAAUGUUUUCAUACAAGAUUAUGCAAAAGAGUUUGAAAUAUAUGUUUAUGAGAAUUGUUCAUUUUUUUAAUUAAAAACAGGCUGUAAUAAAUGCAACCUUGCCUAUCUCUGUGUAUUAUCAGCAACAUUGUGAUAUUUAAAAUAAUAUACACUAUUCUCACACUUUGAUUAAGUGGAAAGCAUUCUCUCUUAUUUCAAGAAAGUGGACAUAUUUAGUAUGCUUGUCCAGUUCUCUCCACACAUUUAAUUGACUCUGGUAAAUGCUUAUUUAUUACUUUUAAAGUCUAACUAUAAAGGAUAGUUUUCCCUCCUGCACUUAAUACAGCUUUAUAAACCAGAAUAGCGUGUAAACAAAGGUACAUGAAAAUUAUAUUGAUCUUUUGAUGGGGUACAUGCUACUGAUUUAUAUAAAUGCAGAUGAACAAAUUACAACUGUAAAAUGUUUAUAAUAUGUUGCAAUAUGUUUUCCUCUGAAGCAAUGUCAUGCAUUCCUUAUCAUAUAUGAGGUAUGUAAUAAAAUAAUAAAUUAGCUUUUUCUAUUUUUGGUAGCCCAAUUUACUCAGUCAUCUUUUUUUGUCUUGGUUCGAUGACCAAUAUUUAAAUCAUUUUAAAAAACUUUUCUUUUAAAUGAAUGUAGGAUACUUGUGCAACUUUACACUAACAUAUGGUAGGAAAAAGAUGAUGUAAAUGGACACAGCUCCACUGAUCUUGGUGAUGUUUCACCCACUUACAAUAGUAGAGAAUUUGUCUCCCUAUGUAAGAUUUAGAACCACUCGUAAGUUCAAACUUAGCAAGUAAGACAGACUAAUUUCUUCUAAAAUCAUGUUAAUAUUCUCUAAAAUAGACUUCCCAUUGAGGUACUUUGGCUACAUGCCAAAUGAUUUUUUGGGGAAUAAAAUAGUACACAAAUUUCAUAGCAUAUGAAACAGAGCUUUAUUUAAUGAGCUGCAAAACAUUCUCAUUCGCCACUCAGUAGUAAACGAGCUAGUAUACAUUAUGUAGUCUUUGUACUUCAAAAAUGCACUUUUUCCAUAGGUAGCAAUUGGAGAUGGACUCAAACCAAAGUUCUAGAACUGCACACUUUCACGUUCAAAUCUGGAUCUUAAUACACAUAGCUGGUCUCUAUUGCGCUAGUCAGAAAUUCCCACCCCCUCCCAAUUAAAAUUUUCAAUGAAAAUAUGUUCUUCAUAUUUUUACCUGCAUAUUUUUCAAAAAAAAAAAAAGUCCAUUUUGUAGAAAAAGCUAUUUUGCAUCAAAAAGGUUUUGUCAGAAAAUUGGUGACGAGCUGUAGUCCUUAUCUUUGAAAUGUGCUGAACCAGUACCCUAUCAAUGAAUAGCACUAAGCUUUGAGGAAGUUCAGCUCUGGAUCCAAACUUUAUGAUUGAGGCCUAGUGACAACUGAUUUGCUCUUGGUCACAUGCUAAUGGAUACGUGCAUUCUUAAAAAUAGCUUGCUGAAGUCAGCAGGGCUCUAAACUGCCAAAGAGACUGAUCUGGGUUGGGUCUGUCUUAGAUUUUGGCCAGUCUGUACAUUAUUCAUCACUAAUUGAUUUUUUUCACCAUUACUGUAACUACAUCACAAGACAAAAGCAAGCUUGUAAUGAAGAACAUCUCAUUAAGGAAAGUAUAUAUAGUUAUAAGCUGUCCUGUUUUUUCUAUUUUAGGACCAAUAACUUUCUCUGGAGCAGGUAUACCUCUGCUUGUAAAAGUGUUGCUUCCAUCCUUAAAAAAACUGUCAGGUUUUGGGUUUUCUUUGGUCAUGUAAAAUGUAUCUUCUAAAUUUUGAAAGAUCAGUGUUAUGAAAAAGGAGGAAAGAAUCAUAGAAAUGUAGGACCUAAGUUCCCUCUAAGGUGCACACCUGCGCAGCCAUGCAGAGGCCACCAAGAGCUGUCACCUAACUCCCCCAGCCCCAGGGCUGCAGCAUGGUGAGAAGAGACACCUCUCCCUCCGAGUUCCAGGGCUGCAACGGGGAGAGAGGACUCCCACAGCCCAGGGGCUGUGGUGGGGAGAGGCGUCUUUCCCCCAGCCCCAGAGCUACUGUGGUGGGGAGAGGUGCCCCUCCCCCAGCCCAGACCUACUGUGGUGGGGAGAGGCUCUCCCCCAGUCCAGGUGCUGCUGCAGGGAGAAAGAGCUAGGGGGAGUCCUCUCUCCCCACCACAGCCUCAGGACAGCUUGCAUCCCAAACCCCUUAUCCCUGGCCCCACUGCAGAGCCGGCACCCCCAGCCGGAGACUUCAACCCUCUGCCCCCACUCUGAGCCCCCUCCCACACUCUGAACCCCUCAUCUCCAUCCCCACUCCAGAGCCCAAACUCCCAGCCAGAGCCUUCACCUCCUGCACCCCAACUCUCUGCUCCAGCCCUGAGCCCCCUCCCACACUCCAAACCCCUUGUCCCCACCCCCGCCACACAUCAUCUCCAUACAGUAUUGGUGCACAUAGCAAAAUUCAUUCCACACAUGGAUGGGAAAAAUUAGAGGGAACAUUGUGUAGGACUGGAAAGGACCUUGAUAAGUCAUGUAAUCAGUCCCCAGCAGUGAGGCAGGAUCAAGUAUUAUCUAGACCAUCCCUAACAGGUGUUUGUCUAACCUGUUCUUAAAACCUCCAGUGACAGAGAUUCCACAGCCUCCCUAAUUAAUUUGUGCGAGUGCUUAACUACCCUUACAGUUAGGAAGUUUUUCCUAAUGUCUAAGAGAAAUCUCCCUUACUGCAAUUUAAGCCCGUUACUUCUUGUCCUGUCCUUAGUGGUUAAGGAGAACAAUUUGUCACCCUCUUUAUAGCAACCUUUUACAUACCUGAAGACUUAGCAUGUCUCCUCACAGUUUUUUCUUCUCGAGACUAAACACAAACACUUUUUAGAUCUUUCUUCAUAGGUCAUGUUUUCUAGAUCUUUAAUCAUUUUUGUUACGCUCUUUUGGACUUUCUCCAAUUUGUCCUCAUCUUUCCCAAAGUGUGUUGCCCAGAACUGGACACAAUACUUCAGCUAAGGCCUUGUGGGUGCUGAGUAGAAUGGAAGAAUUACUUCUCAUGUCUUGCUUACAACAUUCCAACUACUACAUCCCAAAAUGAUUUUUGCUUUAUUUGCAACAACAUUACCCUGUUGACUCCUAUUUAAUUUGUGAUCCAUUAUAAUCCCCAAAUCCUUUUCUGUAAUACUCCUCCUAGGCAGUCAUUUCCCAUUUUGUAUUUGUGCAAUUGAUUAUUUCUUCCUAAGUGUCAUGCUUUGCAGUUAUCACUGAAAUUCAUCCUACUUAUUUCAUACAUUUUUUCCAGUUUGUCAAUAUCAAGUUCUAAUCCUGUCCUGAAUAGAAUCAGACCCAGGACUGAUCCCUGUGGGACCUCGCUUGAUAUGCCCUUCCAACUUGAUUGCAAACUAUUGGUAACUGCUCUCUGAGUCUGCUUUUCCAACCAGUUGUGCACACACCUUAUAGAAGGUUGAUCCAGGCUAUAUUUCUCUAGUUUGUUUAUGAGACAGUAUCAAAAACUUUACUAAAGUUGAGAUAUAUCUCAUCUACUGCUUCCCCCGCCCCCCUUCACAAGGUUUCUUAUCCUGUCAAAGAAGGAUUUUAGGUUGGUUGGGCAUGAUUUGUUCUUGAUAAAUCUAUGCUGACAUCAUUUUAUUUUCUUCUAAAUGCUUACAAAUUUAUUGUUUGAUUAUUUGCUCAAUUAUCUUUCCAGAUAUGCAAGUUAAGUUGACAGUCUAUAAUUCCCUGCAUUAUCCUUGUUUUCCUUUGUGUAGAUAGGUACUAUAUUUUCCCUUUUCCAGUCUUCUGGGAUCUCUCCUAUCCUCCACAUGUUCUCAGUGAUAAUUGCUAAUGACUCAGAAUCUCUUCAGCCAGUUCCUUAUGUAUUCUAGGCUGUAUAUCAGGCCCUGCAGACUUGAAGACAUCCAACUUGUGUACGUAAUUCUUAACUUGUUCCUUUCCCAUUUUAGCCUGAGUCUACCCCAUUUACAUUGAUGUUUGUUAUGUUAGAAGUCCAAUUACUGCAAACUUUCUUAGUGAAAACUGAAACAACAAAUGGCAUUUUGGCCAUUGCUGCAUUUUCUGUUGUUAUUUUACAAACAUGUGAGAAGCAAGAGGAAGACCAAGGGCAGGGUAGGCCCAUUACUUAAUGAGGAAGGAAAGAUGUUUUCUUACCAUUUAUGUACCUAGCUAGUUUAAUCUUUUUUUUUUUUUUUUGCCUUGGCCUUUCUAAUUUUGCCCCUACAUUGAGGGUUUUUUUAUAUUCUUCCUUUGCAAUUUGACCUAGUUUCCACUUUUUUGUAGGACUCUUUUUUGGGUUUCAGAUCAUUUAAGAUCUUCUUGUUAAGCCAAAGUGGUCUCUUACCAUACUUCCUAUCUUUCCUAUGCAUUGGUUAGUUUGCUCUUUGCCCUCAAUAAUGCCUCUUUUAAAAAAAACUGCCAACUCUCCUGAAUUCUUUUUUCCCUUAGACUUGUUUCCCAUGGAUCUUACCUACCAUCUCCCUGAGUUCACUAAAGUCUGCUUUCUUUAACUCCACUAUCUUUAUUCUGCUGCUUUCACCCUAUCAUUCCUUAGAAUCAUGAAGUCUUAUAAUUUCAUGAUCAUUUUCACCCCAGCUGCCUUCCACCUUCAAAUUCGCAACCAGUUUCUCCCUGUUUGUCAGAAAUAAAUCUAAAAGAGCCUCUCCCCUAGUUGCCUUCUCCACCUCAAUAAAAAGUUGUCUCCAGUGCAUUCCAAGGACUUGUUGGAUAAUCUGUGCCCAGAUGUAUUAUUUUUCCAAUAGAUGGCUGGGUAGUUGAAGUCCCCCAUCACCACCAAAUCCUGUGUUUUGGAUGAUUUUGUUCAUUGUUUAAAAAAAAGUCUCCUCCACCUCUUCUUCCUGGUUAGGUGGUCUAUAGUAGACUCCUAACAUGACAUCAUCCUUUUUUUUUUUUUUGCCCUUUUGUCCUUACCCAGAGACUUUCAACAGUUCUGUCUCCCAUUUUAAUCUCAACCUCAGUGCAAGUGUAUACAUCUUUGAUAUACAAGGCAAUACCUCUUCCCUUUUUUCCCCUACCUGUCCUUCCUGAACUAGCUGUAUCCUUCUAUACCAAUAUUCCAGUCAUGUGAAUUAUCCCACCCAGUCUUUGUGAUGCCAAUUAUGUCGUAAUUGUGAUUAUUCACUAUUUCUAGUUCUUCCUGUUUAUUCCCCAUAUUUCUUGUAUUAGUAUUCAAAGAUCUUUAUUUGACUCCCCCUCUAUAUUCCUACAUGUCUCUCCUUUGUCCCUGCUAUAAUUGCCCAUAUUCUCCCCAGAUUCUGACCCUUUGCCCAGGUCUCCAUGUUUUGGACUUACCUGUGGGUUUCUGCCUCUCCUGUCCCUGUCAAACCUAGUUUAAAUCCCCACCUCACUAGGUUAGCCAGUCUGUAUCCAAAAAUACUUUUCCCCUUCCUUGAUAGGUGGACCCCAUCUCUGCUCAGCAGUCCUCAGAACAGCAUCCCACAGCUGAGGAAGCCAAAGCCUUCCUGGUGACACCAUCCACAUAGCCAACCACGUGAACUGGAGGAAAGAUACAGACACCACCCAGUACCUGGUUACUGGUGUGAAUCUGCCCCAGGCCAAUUAUCCUUCCAUUAUGCCUUGCACAUAUUAGGCCAAAAUCUGCUCUCAGAUACACAAGUAUAAAUUCAGAGAGAUGCCAUUGACUUCAGUGGAGUUAUUGCAAAUUUAUAGCUGUAUACCUAAGAAGAAGAGUGGUCCCGUGGUUAGAGAACUAGCCUGGACCUAAGAAGACCUGGAUUACAGCCUUCACAGGCUUCCUAUUUUCAGCAAGUCAUAUAGGUCACCAGAUCAUCAGCUGUCAAUUGUUAUAGCUCUAUUUGACAGCUGUGAAGCCAGGCAGCGAAAGUAAAAGGCUAUGGAUGCACAUCUCAUAGAAUCAUAGCAGUGUAGUUUGGAAGGGACCACAAGAGGUUAUCUAGUCCAAUCCCCGCACUCAAGGCAGGUUUCAUCGAGCUAGCACAAGCAUAAACAGCAGGGUAGCUGUGCUAGCAUGGGUAGCGGCCUCCUGAAGUACAGCUUAAUAAUGUCCAUGGGGUUCAGGUGGGUUCGUGCUCACACGGCUCUACCAUGCCUAUGCUAUUGAGGCUAUACUACUAUUUAUAUUUGUCUAGCUCAUUGAGAACUAGCACGAGUAUGUGUAUGCGAGCAGGGCUGUUGUGCCCCCCAGCUCAUAGUGUAGAUGUAGCUUAAAAGGAUGGAUCCUCUGACCCAUUGACUUCAACUGAUCUGUGACAGUUUAAACCAGCUGAGGGUCUUCCACUUAGGUUUUCUUAGCCUCACUUCCCAUCUGCAGAAUGGAGAUAAUAGUACUUUCCUUGCUCACAAGUGUGUUGGGAGGAUAAAGACAUUAAAGAUUAUUGUAAUGGGGUACAAAUAAGUACCUUAGAUAGAUUUAUAUUUAUGAAUUGUCAGUUUAGCUCUGCUAGGGAAAUAAUUUCAGAACCAUGUUUUACAUGCGGAGAGUAUUCUUAUUUAAAAAGCAUAACUAACCUUAAUUUGUCUUAUUCUAUAUUUGUCCUUUAAUAUACAGAGGGCUUUAACCGACCUCCUCACAUGAGUUGUUUAACAUGGUCCUUUGCAUCUGAGUUAUUGUAAAACAAAUAUUUUACUGUUGCAUGUAGAAAGAGGUUGUUACAUUUCUAUCUUCCCCCCACCCCAUGUGUUGUUUAAUAAAACUGAGUUUGAAAGAAA